CACAGUUGUCUUCAAGGCAGAGGGGGCGGAGCUCUAUCCAGUUCUUAUCAUACAUCCAUGGUCUGAAAACGUGUGUGACGACUGCAGUUCUCUUCUGGGCCACCAGCCGGCGAUGUAGCAGCGGAAGUCCUUUAUCCAGACCUUCUACAGUAAACCGGAUGAAGAGAUUUGGUGGUUGUGGAGGCAAAAAAAACUAACGCUGUGCCAAACAAACUCUUCAGAAGUCAUUUUUGGAAGAGUUUUGAGUAAAAUAAAGAAAUCCUAAUCUGAGUUGAUGGAAAACAAACCCGCUGCUCUGCUGAACGCUGUUCCUCCUUACGGACACGUGAUCGCUAGCGAGAAAUGGAGAGAGACGACCCUCAUUCACAACCUGAAAGGUGGAGGAGUGAAGAUCCUGUUUGAGAGUGAACUGAGUUUGACAGAUUUCCACCUUCCCAACAAAAGCUGCAUCCUCUACGUGUCCGAGUGUGACAUCGUCGCCGGAAACAACUACAAGAGGAAACUGGUUCGCUACAGAAACGCGAGCAGCAGCUUCCAGGGGUUGGUGUUGGUGGAGAGGACCAGACUGAGUGAACAGUUCUUCUCGGCCGUGCAGAAGUUUGUGGUGUUUGACCUCGGUCUGACUCUGCUGCCGGUCAGUGGUCAGACAGAGGCCUCGCAGCUCAUCGCGCAGAUCGUCCACAGCGGGAGCAGAGAAAACCCCUUCAGGAGGAGUUCUUCCUCUCAGCUGCUGGACCCGCUGGUUCUGGCCGUGGUCCAGCAGGUCCCUGGUGUGGGCCGGAUCAAAGCUCUCGCUCUGCUGCAGAACUUCUCCAGCCUCCAGCAGCUCUCCAGCGCCACCAUCAGCGAGCUGGAGCCUGUGGUGGGUCCAGCAGCCGCUCGGCACAUCCACAGCUUCUUCCACAAACACGCGGCGGCCGGAACGUGAGUGCUCUGAGUUUGAGUUUGAGUUUCUGUCUGGACACAGAUAUGAAACGCUGACAAUCGAAGGAGAUGCAUUUCACUACGUCAGCGAAUAUUCUCACUCACACACUCACUCACACACUCCGACAUGGACACACACAGAAUGAGGACACAGUGUGUGUAUGGACGCAAGUCUAUGAUGUGUUAAGGACACGUUGACGUCUUUAUCUCACUGUUGGACAGACUUUACCAACAGGAACAGCAGCUCCUGUGUCCCUGUGAGCUACAAUCACUGAUUUUCUCUCUGGACUUUGGUGUGAGAGAGUGAGUGAUUCUGUCAAACAACCAACCUGUUCUAAUGUAAUAAAUGUAUUGAUUAUUUUAUUUAUUCAUUUUCCUGUGUAUAUACAUGAUAUAUAAACAUAUGUAUAAUAUUUUGGUUUCCUCAUUAAACACUUUUAAUAUCAGUCA